UUCACAUGUUUAAAUGUCAAUGUCAAAGGAUUUCGGACUUCGGUAGCUCAAUGUAGCGCUCAAUUAGUGCGAAAAAUGCAAAGACUAAACUAAACAAACAAAAAUAAACAUUGUACCUUAUCUCAAGACAAGAUAUGCUCAAGAUCGAAACUUACUUACUGAAUUAAAUUACUGAUUGUUCCUCUGUCCUGAAAGUUUAUAUAUUUAUAUUUUCAGAAAUAUGGACUACAACUUUGUGUCUAAAUUCACUAUCAAAAGCAAUGAACAGGAAGAAAAAUUGAUAUACGUAAAGAUAUUAUGGCAAAACAAUAAAGACCAUCUAUUUCACAUACAAGUUUUCAGCGAAGAGCAGAGUUGGUCUGGUGAUUUUUCUUACGUUAUGUGUAAAAAUUUUAGGGAAAUAUUAGAUGAAACUGAGGAACAAUAUAUUAAUAGUGUAAAAGAUGCUUUAAGAAUGAACAACAAGACAUACGCGUAUGAUUUUACACAUGAAGGUGACAGCAAUCAUAAAAAGUUCUAUUGGAAAAAAAAAUAUGAAGGUUCAACAGGAACCAUGGUUCAUGGUUUUGUGUCAGUAAAAGAAGACGAAGUAGCAGGAACUAAAAAUGAUUUAAUUGAUUUCCUGAUAACUGAGAACAAGACACAUUGUAAUGAAAUUGAUAAAUACCAGAAUAAGACAGAAAAUUUAAAUAAUGAAUUGGAAAAAUGGAAAAAUGAAUUGGAGAAAUUUGUUGAUAUGAAAAAUUCAUUAGAAUCAAGUUUAUAUGGCAAAUUUGUACAACUUUUGAACUCAAAGAAAAGAAGGAUUCAGGAACUUGAUGAGCAUUUAAAUAAUUUAUGAGAAUGAUACUUCUUUAACCUUAAUAUCUAUAUUAUAAUCUAUACUAAUAUUAUAAAGCUGCUGUUUGUUUGUUUGUUUAUUUGGUUGAACGCACUAAGCUCAGGAACUACUGGUACAAUUUGAAAAAUUCUUUCCGUGUUAGAUAGUCCAUUUAUCAAGGAAGGCUAUAUUAUAUAAUACAGGAAUGGCAACCUGUCAAAUUAUACAUAUAAGCCAUACUCAAUACAACCAACAAACAAAUUAAAAAUUAGGUUAUAAAUCACUAGUCAUUUCACACAAUAAUAUUUAUAAUUAACUUGUUCUUAAAUUGAUGAAAAUAAAUUUGAUUAAUAAGCUUAGAACAAUUAGAUAUAAUAUUUUGAAUAUUUUAUUAUGAGACAAUACAUUAUUUAAAAUGAAUAUGAUAUGAAAUGACAAUUUUUCUACCUUAAUUUCUAAUUAGUUUGUUGGUAAACAGUGCACAUAGAGUAUGGCUUUACUUUAGUAUACAUAAUAUAAGGAACAUGAACUAAAGUUUUCUAUACUGUCACUGUCACCUAUACAGAGAUUUUAUUCUAUUCUAAUAUUAUGAAGCUGAAGAAUCUG